UAUGUGACGACUGGUAAUACAUAUCGAAUCAUGGAUGGGCUUGAGAAACAUGUCCUACCAAACCCCGCUCAUCAAUAUAAUCAGCAAGAAUGCAUCUCUUCUACCACCCCUACCGUCGUUCCUAUCUCAAUACUUUCUCGCAAUCUCUCUCUCAUCCACGUGUCAAAACUCGAACAUCAUCAUGAGCGCAACCCACUAGUCCUCAAGAGACGCCGAAACCGGCAAUUUCCAACAAACAAACAGAAAAAAAAAAGACAUUUCAUGCACAGACUACAUAUGUCGAAUGCGGUGAAUGACAGCGAGAUUGAUUUAGCGGGGGUCGUGGAUCCUUGUCAAUGGUUCCCUCAGAUCCAAUCCAAUCCAAUCUAGUCAACUAACCAUCUUCCAAUGUAUCUUGAAGAAACAAACAACAUGC